AUGGCGAAGACGGAUGAGCUAGCUAGCCUCAUCAGGUGCUGCCCUCCCGUUGAAGAGGAGCGCGACGACGGAGCAGUGCUGCCGGAGCGCCUCCUCCCUGGCCGCCGAGCAGCGCCUGCACCGUGCCGUCGGUAUGUAUGCUUGAUUUCACUUUCACCCUCCGGCCCCAUAACUGUAACUGAAAGCUAUAUAUGCACCCCAGCUGCUGGUACUGGUGGCUCGCUAAAAGAGAUAACUUGGGGCGGAUCGCUCGCCGGAGAAGGUCGGGAGGAGGCGAUCGAGAUGCCCCGCGAGCUGCCCUUCGCGGUGGACACGUGGACCCCAGCCUCGGCGCUGAAGCGCCACCGCUUCCUCACCCACGCCCACAGCGACCACCUCGCCGGCUUCACCGCCACCUGCGUUGUGUCCGCCUCCUCCCCCGUCUACGCCUCCCGCCUCACCGUCGUCAUCACGCUCCGCAAGUUCCCGCAGCUCGACCGCGCCGCGUUCGUCCAGCUGGAGGUGGGCGGCCUGCCGCUCGGCGUCCCCGACCCCGACGGGGACUUCCUCGUCACCGCGCUCGACGCCAACCACUGCCCAGGCGCCGUGAUGUUCCUGUUCCAAGGCCCCUUCGGCACCGUCCUGCACACCGGCGACUGCCACCUCACCCCCGGCUGCCUCGGCGCUCUCAUGCCCCUCCUCGCCGGCCGCCGCAUCGACGAGCUCUUCCUCGACUGCACCUUCGCGCGAUGCUCCCUGCGCUUCCCCACCAGGAACGACUCCAUCCGACAGGUGAUCAGUUGCAUCAGGAAGCACCCGAACGCGCCGGUGGUGUACCUCGUCUGCAACAUGCUGGGCCACGAGGACGUCCUGAUCGAGGUCUCCAGGGCCUUCGGAUCCAAGAUAUACGUCGACAGGGACAGCAACUCGGACUGCCACCACACUCUGACGCACGUGGCGCCGGAGAUCCUCGCCGCCGACGACGCCAAGUCCUCCACCCGCUUCCACGUGCUCCUGUUCCGUCCCCGGUUGUCGGAGCGGGCCACCGAGAUCCUCGGGCUGGCGCGUGCGCAGCAGCAGCCCGAGCCGCUCAUCGUCCGGGCGUCCGCGCAGUGGUACGCCAACUACUACAAGGCAUCAGAAUCGUGGAGCCAGCAGCAGCGGAAGCCUGUGCUCACGGUCAGGGAGCCGAUGCGGGACGAGGACGGCGUCUGGCGCGUCUGCCUGUCGAUGCACUCAUCCCGGGAAGAGCUGGAGCGGGCGCUCUGGAUCCUGAAGCCCAAGUGCGUCGAGUCUACCACGCCGCCGUUAUUGGCGGAGGACGCCAUGAUCCCCUCACGAAUGCCUCCCACGAGAAGAAGCUGUAGCUUUUGAAAAAGUAGCUAUGAGCCAUGGCCUGUGUAAAAGGCUGCUGUAGGUUAUGGGCUAUGACCUAUGAGAAAACUGAAAGUCGUUUAGUGAAACAGCUAUGGCUUUUUGAAAGCACUUAUUAGCUGACCCCAUA